CGCCAUGGUGAAGCUGCUCCCCGCCCAGGAGGCGGCCAAGAUCUACCACACCAACUACGUGCGCAACGCCAGGGCGAUUGGCGUGAUGUGGGGCACGCUGACCAUCUGCUUCUCCGUGCUGGUCAUGGCCCUCUUCAUCCAGCCCUACUGGAUCGGGGACAGCGUCAACACCCCGCAGGCGGGCUACUUCGGCCUCUUCUCCUACUGCGUGGGCAACGUGCUGUCCUCCGAGCUCAUCUGCAAGGGCGGCCCUCUGGACUUCUCCUCCAUCCCCUCCAGAGCCUUCAAGACUGCCAUGUUCUUCGUGGCCUUGGCCAUGUUCCUCAUCAUUGGCUCCAUCAUCUGCUUCAGCCUGUUCUUCGUCUGCAACACUGCCACAGUCUACAAGAUCUGCGCAUGGAUGCAGCUGGCUGCGGCCACAGGCCUGAUGAUUGGCUGCCUGGUCUACCCCGAUGGCUGGGACUCCAGUGAGGUGCGGCGCAUGUGCGGGGAGCAGACGGGCAAGUACACGCUGGGCCACUGCACCAUCCGCUGGGCCUUCAUGCUGGCCAUCCUCAGCAUCGGAGAUGCCCUUAUCCUGUCCUUCCUGGCCUUCGUGCUGGGCUACCGGCAGGACAAGCUGCUCCCCGACGACUACACGGCCGAUGGACAAGAGGAAGUCUGAAGCAGCUGAAGGGCGAUCACAGGUCAUCCAUUUCCGUGACACUGGAAACUUCCGGAGUAGGAUUCUUCAGAGAUGAACUUGUUCCUGCCCACUUCCUGUCCGAAGCCCUUUGCUGCAGGAUUAGA